AAUCAAGAACUUUAAAAUGUUAUCGUUUAAGCAACUAGUUUGCUUUGUGCUUUCGCUUCUGUCCUUCAUGUCCGUGUUUUAUUCUGUGGGAAAGCUUGGUAUUUUCCUGGCGACGCCUGGCCGCACCCAGCAAUCGACCCAAGCAAUCUUCCCAACGAACCGUGUCGAAGCGCGGGCGGUCCUGUUUCCGCUGUUCUUCAAUACGAUUUGGGUGGUUCUGUUCGUACUGCAGCACAGUGCGAUGCGGGCUGAGGUGGUAAAGCGGUUCUGGAAAACGAUUGGACUCGAGCUGGCCGAACGGAGCUUGUACAACAUUGCAUCGUCGUACUGUUUGUUGCUGCUCCUAAAGAACUGGAAAGCUUCACCGACCCAAUACCAGCUGUGGUUUUUCGAUGUGGAACAUAACAAAACGCUAUGGUGGCUGAUGGUUGGAUCGCACGUGCUGUGCUGGAUUGUUGUGUACGGCGGUAGCUUGAUGGUUGAUUUGCCGGAACUGAUUGGCUUGAAGCAUGUUUAUUACGAUAUCAACGACCUCGCACCACCGAUGUCGUACAAAUCACGUGAUUUGCAGGAUUACUACAAGCGCUAUCGUCAUCCAUCGUUUGUUGCACUUUCGGUUGUGCUGUGGUUCACGAACGGUAUGACAAUUGACCGUUUUCUGCUUGCGAUUGUUUGGAGUGUGUACAUGUACCUGGCCUGGAACACAACACAGGCCGAUCUUCAGUAUCAUCAGCAUCAGCUCGAACGGAAGCGGGCCGAGUUGGUGCGUGUCACCAAAUAAGCUCGGUGUCUUUCU